AUGUAAUGAAGACCAACCAGGAGAUAGCCAUAAGGGCAGUAAUGAAGAAAAGCACACUUCAUUUACUUUAGAUGAAGACCAGAGUGAUGAAAACACAGAUAAUCUCUUUCAACCAAAUGUUAUUAUUGUACAAAAUGCUGAGGACAUGGACAUUGAGGGCUUAGAUCCAUCUCUUCUGAAGUGUGUCAGGCAGGUCUUAGAUGAUGUUGAAAGGAAACGUUUGCUGGCUGGGAACAAAGCUGAUGGGGAGGAAGAUGAGAAACAAACUAUGUACAUAAUUGACUUAGAUACCCUGGGACGAGCUAGUGUUACUACUACUACUACUGAGACUCAUUACAUGACAUCAUAUACAGACACCAAACCAUCAUUGUCUCCUGCUUCUCUCAAUGAUUCAAUUUCACCAUCUACAUCAUCUGCUAUGAUCUUGCCAAAACACUUAGAUCCAAAGCUUACCAAGGAAAGCACAGGAGAUCAAUCGGGGACAUCUUUACCCACAGCUUUAGAUCUGGAAUGCCAAGGACAUAUUGAAAUCUCAUUUGUUUCAUGUGUGACUGAAUUAGAUGACCCCAUGAAUGAAUCCCAAGUCGGCUCAUCAUCAUCAUCACAAGUCCAACAUGUACAUAAAACUGAUAUUGAAGAUGAUGUCAGCUGUACCUCAUCCAACAAUCAACUUGGUGAGGAUCUUUCAAAAAGUAGUCAGCAUGUUUCACUUCAUAAACUAGCAUCUUCAGAACAAAAUGUGAAUACUAAUAUUUCACAUUCUGUAAAUAGCAAUUCAUUCUUAGGUUCAAGAAUAAAAACUCUUCCAUUUGAAGCCUCUCAAAUGACUUCAUCUGGUGAGCACUUGCUCACUAUGGCACAAAAAAUUAUUGAGGAAAAUUCUAACAGUAAAAGACUUUUAUCCAUAGGAAAUAUGUCACCCGCUGAGGUCAAAGAAGAAAAAAUUGGAUCUGACUCUGUCAUUACAAUGUAUCUAUCUUCUCCUAGUGAGCUAAAAGAGAAGAUCAAUAGUUUAAAGACAGAUUCCCCUAUUAUUGUAAUGCAAGCAGGGCAAAAGAGCAUAAAGGAUGUGACUGAGAAUGAUGCAAGGCAGUCCAGUUAUUCCUCGGACAGUGCUAAGUUUGGGGACAUUGUUUCAGAGCUGAGCAAUGCAUCAGAAGGUUUAACAGCAACCCUACCACUAUCCUCUGAUGUAGUUGUCUAUCGUUGUUUGGAGUGUGGUUAUUCAAGCCACAAUAAACAUUACUACAAACAGCAUGUGGACUUGGUGCACAAUGCAGAUAGGCCUUACAAAUGCCCCCACUGUGAUUAUGCAGGAAAGCGUCGACAUGCACUCUUAGAACAUAUGGUAGUUCAUUCAAACCAGAGACCUUUCACAUGUGACCAUUGCAAUGCCAGCUUCAGGAAAAAGGUAGAUAUUUUUUUCUUUACUACACGUAUUUACACUAUGAUUUUCAUAGUUGAUAGCAUAGUUUUAUCUUGGAAUGUAAGACAUAAUAAUUUGCAUCUUCAUACAAAAUAUUGCCAUGGUGAUGCUUUGUCUUGUUUUUAUUCAUCUUAUUAACCAUUUGACCAAUUAUCUUUAUGCUGACAAUGGGUUAGGAAAAAUGUUCCCUUUAAUUUAAACUGCGCGGCCGCGCAGCUAUAUCACAGACGCCGCGCAGCAGUUUUGAGUAGCCGCGCAGCAAAUUUCCAUGUUAUUGUGUAUGUGCUUGUGGGCUGUAACAUUUUACACACAAAAAAAAUUGAUGCUGUAAAACUUUGCACACAACUGUAUGAUUUUGCACACGAACCAACAAACCUUAGAGGGAAUAUUGGUUAGGAAUUUCCACAAUUUUCUGUGUUUUUCUAGUCGUGGCAUGGAAGUAGCAAGAUAACUUAGUAAGUCCCAUGCACUUAUCAUAUUAUUAUAUCUUUUUUUUUCAAAACACUUUUAAUUCUUGGGCUAUGAAAGUAAUAUUUUCCAUGUUACUUAGUGUACUAAGGUUAGAACCGAUAACCCUUAAUUUAAGCCCUGCAGGUUCUAUCUCAUAAUAAUGUUAUAUGGAGGCACAAAUAGAUGGAAUAUCAUAGGGCAGUAUAUGAUAAUAUAAGACUCUGUGCUGAAAAAUACUAACAUUGUUUACACAAUAUUUUAAUGCUUAUCUCCCUGGGAAAAUUAACUUAAAUGCCUGGGGGCUAGCUUAGUUCCUUUAGUUCAGGGGUUGGGAACCUUCUUUGAGUGAGGGGCCAUUUGUAUAAAUUAUAUUGACUAAGAAAAAAAUAUUUUGGGAGCUGUGUGUCAUGAAAAAAACAACAAAGACCUGUAUUUAUUUAUUUAUUUAGGCAUUUUUAUAUAGCGCUUACCUUACAGGCUGCUGACCAUCGUUCUAGUCCAUUUAAGGCACACCACUGCUUAAAAUUUAAAAAUAUUAUCUUUAAAAAAGAUAGUUCCAAAUUCAUUGAAUUUAUGAACCUAAUAUAAUUAAAGAAAUUGCUCUGUUCCGGAUUGCUUUGUCAUUUAAAAUGAAAUUUGGGCAACUAAGAAUGUCAUGCACAUCUUCUUUUUCCACUGAUGAUAAGAAUAUGCUAUCAAAUGACGUGGGAUCCAUUUUUUUAACUUUUAUUUAACUUGCUAUGAACAAUAUCUCUCUGUUUCAACCUCUUCAAAGAAAAGAGAAAAAAAAAGUGAUGUGAAUGACAACACCUCUCUGUUCAGAGGUACUGACUGCCCAGAUGUACAAAGGGCUGUCUCAUCUAUAGCAUUUCUGCAUACCUCUGAAAUAUGGCCUCUCUUAUCUGUGUCUGAAUGGGCCCGUUAACGAAAGUACUUCUGCCUGUGUGGUACUGGCUCUCCCUGUAUGUAACAGACCCAUCUAGUGCGACCAAAGCGGUAGAACUGAACCCUUGGGAGGAGUCUGGCCGCGCGCCCCCCUACCCCACCCCCAAGAGCAAAGUGUAAAAUGUGUCAUGUUACACAAACCCAUACCCUACGCUCCUUUGAGUAGGUGUCUUCUUCUAGUCUUUACCUUCCGUCUAUUUAUCCUUCCCCUGUUGUCGACCCAGAAGUUGGAUCCUCAUGAAUGUAUACGAUUGACCAGUUGUGAUGAUGUGAAACAUACUGCAUUAUAUAAUUGCAACAAGGUCUGGUGGACUCUGUCCCCAAGAUCUUGAAAAUCCUCACACAUACACAGGCAGGAUGUGAAAAAUAUCCUUUUUCUAGUACUAAAACGACCUAAACUGGAUUGGUAAUAAAAGAACUCUGUAACUCUACAAACAUAUUCACUAUACAGAACAAACAGUCCAACACCCACUCUUCAACACAGAGCUCAUGACACACUUAGCAGACUUGAAAUAACCCUACUCUUUUCAGACUUUCACUUCCUACACCUGCGAGGUGCUGGAUGGUAGGUAGCUGUAUCCACAGACCCAUUCUCACUACAUUAAUAAACCUAUUGAAAAGAAUUUUAAAACAUGCUAAAAUUUUAUUUUUAAAAGACUGAUUUAUAUAUCAAGCAAGAAGUGAAGUACUUGGUAACAUCCCCCAAAACAAAAUGACAGAAAAAGUCUGAACAAAUCACCAAAAACAUCACCUACCAAUAGACAGAGAAGACUUGCAAAUUAUACCUAAAUAUCUAUCCCAAAACCAGCAUUUACAAACAGCUUAUAUCAAAACAGACCUAAUCAAAAAGAUAGAGGGGGGGAAAAGUACAUGUUAUGAUAUAACUUUAUUUUUUAAAAAACAUAGUAUCCUACACAGAGGAUACAAUCCAAAUAUACACAGAUAUCAGCUGUCAAAGGAGCACUACUUGCAACCUAUAGUGUACAAAUAGAGUACGCAGACCUAUCAUGUGACUAACUCUGUAACACCUGUGGGGCGAUCUGCAGUAAUUAUGUGGCAGAACUGCUGCUGUGGAAGCAGCAUUACAUCAUCUAUCGGCAAAUCUUCUGUUUUCUCCAGCAAACAAAGAAAUUUUGUUAUCUUCUCCGAAUGCAAAUGAAUACUUUAGGGAGCUGGGCAUCGAUAUCCGAUAACAGUAAAAUGGCUGCGGAUGAAGAUAAACACUUUUCCAGAAACCUAUGAAGUAAAGCUUAAUCUUUAAUGGAUACCAGGACACCACAAUUUACCCGGAAAUGAAAGAGCAGACAAAUUAGCAGAACAGGGAACAUCCAAUGAACAACCUAACAUACCUAAAUCACUCAACUCUGCGAAGCAGACUAUCAAUGCUAACAAAUAAGAAGAGUGGUUGGGCUAUGAGCUCUACAAGAUGUGUUUUCACACACAUGCCCAGUCCCAACCCUAAAGAUUCAAUAAAUUUCCUUCAAAUACCUUUUCAGCUCCUCACAGGACACACAACUGAAUUCCCACCUAAGUCACAUAAAAUCAGAUAAAACACCAAUGUGCCCCCUCUGCAGACAUCCAAAUGAGACAGUAACACAUAUCCUCUUUCACUGCUCUGCACUUAGGGACUUAUGCCUAAAAACACCUACCAAAAACAAUAGGACACUAUAUUUCAUCAAAGAACAGAUGCAGAGAGUGUGUAAAUUCUUCCCCUUGGUGGAAGGCAGAUGGCCACCAGAUCUGAAUGAAUACAAUGAACCUCUUCAAUCAAAAGUCAAUUCUAAUGUCUUGGAGAGAUUUUUAAAAAAAAUGUAUGCACAGCAACUCAGUCUUGCAAGAAAUUUAAAUCUAUAAAAAUAUGACAGAUUCUCUCUUUUAUUUUUUUUAACCCUUUGGCCCUUAGGUUAAUACCGAGCCACAGUCUUUCCUUGAGAAAAGAGGCAUAACUCCGUAAAAUUUUGCAACAUACAAUUUUUAAAAAUUGACCCAAAAAAACCACCAAACUAUUAAAGCAAUUAAAGUCAAACUUUGGAAAUUUCUUUCUUAAAGUCUAUGAAUCUGGAUUCCUUAUUUUCUAAUCGCAAAAAUUUCAGACUCUGCAGGUCAACCCAUGCAGUGUUGAUUGUAUUUGUGACUGAUUAAUCCACUAACCCCAUUGAAAUUCUAAGAAUUAAUGUUUUUACCCCAUUUAAUUGAAUUGUCCAUUGGAUUUUCUCCAGGGUCAUCUGACUAAUCACAUCAAGCUGCAUACAAGCCAGAAACUGGUCCAUUGUGGAGUGUGCAACAUACAGCUGCCAGACACCGAAGCCUUUGAGGCUCACCUCCAUAGGAUCCACAACACAGACAAGCUUUACAAGUGUAAGCUGUGUGACCACACAGUGGUGAACAGGGAGGCCAUGCUCAAGCAUCUGCAAGCCCACAAUGAAGCCAUUAUCUAUUCUUGUCCAAAGUGCAGCUGUUUAUUGAGCAGUGAUGAGAGUCUGAUUAGCCACAUGAAGAAUGCUCAUGAUUUUCUCCUGGUGGAAAGGCCGCCGGUCAGGCAAAAUGUCGGUGUGAGCAGUAACAGCUGUGCAGCUGCUCAAGAGAAAGCCCCCAAGCUGUGUCCAACCAAUAUCAUGUGCUCUGUAUGUGGCUUUGUGUGUUGUAACAAUGAAAUGAUGCAGAAACAUAUGUGGGAGAUUCACAUCAAUGUCGAGGAUAAACAAGCUGCUCAGGCGCACAGCUCAAUCAAAAUUAACCCAGGAACUCUGAAAGUUGACAGCGGCGCCACAAGCACAAUGGGUGUCUUGAAGAUGAAUGUGGACCUGGGGCAGAAAACAUUACCUAAAAAUGUUGUCUACCAGUGCACAAGCUGCAGUUUCACAUCUAGUGACAAUUCUGUUUUCAUCAAACACAUGCUGGCCCACAAAACACAGGAGAAACAGCAGCAGAGGGUCACAUCCGCUCUUGAGCCUAAUCAAGAUCAGAAAUUGAACUUAGCUGACACCAAAUUUUGCUCCUCACUUGGAACUAAACCAACCACACCGGCCAGUCAGGAUCAGGGCAGUGACUCAAGUGUGCCUUUCUAUUAUGACAAAGCUGCUUCCAGAUUCCGGUGUGUGAUCUGUGGCUAUCACUGUGAAUUUCAGCGCACCAUCAAAGCCCAUAUAUGGAAACACUCUGGUCACCAGAACAUAGAAUAUCCCACUUUCGAUCAGUCGAGCGGCGGCAAGGCUAAACCUUUUUCCUCAGUGGUCCAGGUCUUCCCCUCCCUGGGCAACUCAAGGCGAUCUGAUGAAGUCCAAAUCACAUCUGACAAUGACCACUGCAAAAUUCGAUCACACGCCAGCAAUCAGCCUUUGCAAAUUGUACAGACCAGGUCCGGAGAAACUGUGCAACUUGUGCCAGUUAAUCCUUUCAAAACUAAAUACAGUCCUGGGGAAAUCAUUCAGAUAAAAGAUAAUUCAAUCAUUCUCCCUGCUGCGUUUGGGAGAACAUCUGCUGCCAGUCGGCUUCUGGAGAACAUAGCAUUUUCCGCAGCUCACGCUGAGCACAGUACGGCUAAAGUGUCUAGUCAAGUUUUGGUGUCUCCAUAUGAACUAAAAUCUUUUGCAUCUACCACUGAAAAAUCAGAAUUAGAGGCCCCACAGCCAGUAAAAGUGUAUGACUUAAAGCCAGUCAGCCUGGCAAAAUUUGACUCUGCAAGAUGUUCAAAUGUUGAUGGUAUUGAAGAUGUUUACUCCAGCCUUGUGAGUCUGAAAGCAGAGCUCAAUGAUGGGGAGUCUUUGAGCAGUACCGAGGUGGAUGAAGGCUGCACAGAACCAAGUGUGGUGGUAGAAGUUAUGGACACUGUCCUGUCUGAAUCUGACUUGACCGGUAUGGCCAGUCAACAUGGCAGUCCAAGAAUAUCAGAUCUCGAGGGCAGUGGAGAGUCUAAAUUCCUGAAAGCUUCCAGAGAGAUUCAUAAAUUGUGUGAGUCUGAUCAGAGUUUGGGCGACGACAACUCUUUAGUCAUUGAUGAGGUAACAGAGGUGGCUGCAAGCGACCCCAUCAACAACCACCACAGCUACUCGGUCCUGCUGAGGUGCCCCAUGUGUGACCGCCAACUGAGAGAGGAUUUUAAAUCUCAUCUUUUAACAUGCCAGAGGAGGAGAGAUCAGGAACACGCCAAGGCACACGCAGAGAGCUUAAAGGAGAACAUGUCUGGUAAUAAAACUGCUGGGAGAUUUGAUGCUGACCUGCACACAGAGGACACUGACUCCACAGAGUCGUCGGAUGAGCUGACACUGUCCGGAGACUCUGGGGCUUUUUCCAGCCAGCAGAAAUCUGGGAUCUGCUCCUCACUCCUGGCCGUCAUCGAGCAACUCAGGGAGAGGUCACGGUCAGAGAGUGAAGAGGACAGACAAGGCAGCACCCUUUUAAAGAGAAGCAGUAAGAAGAAAGUCAGGCAAGAAGAUGAGAUGGACAUGGAGUCCAUUGAUGAACUUCGGAAUAUAGAAAAGAUAUCUGACAGUGGCUGUGAGAAGUUCAGGUGCAGCCUGUGCCAUUACACAAGCCAACGAAUUUGUAAUAUUAAGAUCCACAUGAAGACACAUAGACAGAAAAAGCCAUCGGAAUGCUCCCUGUGUGACUUUUCAUCAACUUCAUCUGAAGUCUUACAAGACCACAUGCUGAAGCACUGCAAAGUGAGGACUUACGCCUGCAAGUUUUGUCCACAGAGCUUCAACCAUAAAAGCACGCUGAGGGCCCACUUACGGGCACACAAAGAUCAAGAACCUUUCUUGUGUGCCUACUGUGUUUUUGAGACCACAAACCCAAUAGAAUACAGGGAGCACAUGCAGGUGCAUUCGGGAUGCUCUUCCAGGCUCCGUUGUCCAGGUUGUGAUGUGAUUCUGAACAACAAAGAAGAGCUGACCGUGCACCUGCUCAAGUGUAAAGGGAGCUCAAAGAAAACCAAGUCUUUGGUAAGUGUUGAUGAAAAGUCAGCUGUUGACAGGGAGAUAGAGAAACUGGAUGAGCAGAUUUCAGCCAGUCACAUCACAACGCAUCAUGCAUGUGUGGUCAGUGGCUGCACUUUCACCAGCACAAGUAUUGUACGGCUGCAGGACCAUCUGUCCAUUCAUUGCAACCCUGCUCUUUUAGUCUGUAAUUUGUGUGAUUUUAAAGCAUUAAACACCAGGAGUCUUAAGUCACACAUGAAAAGGCACUCUAAUGACCAGCGGUAUGUCCAGCAACCCCUUGAACAAUACAAAUGUAAUCUCUGUGGCUAUGUGUGCCACCACCUGCCCUCUCUCAAGUCCCACAUGUGGAGACACGCCAGCGACCAGAGCUACAGCUACGAGUUCACCAACGACGUCAUCAAUGCUGCCAUCGACCACGACACCCGUGUGGAGGCCGAUGGUGAACCAGAUGACCCCGAGCUGCUCGACAGGGUCAUCAACUCUGAGCGAAAAAUCUUGGAAGGGGAACUGACCAAAUGCAACAAAGGUGACGGCCAGAGGCCCAUCUGCUGGGUCACAUUUAGGUGCUGCAGCUGCGGCUUUGAAACCAUCAAUAAAGCCAAGCUGAACAUUCACAUGAGGUCUCACUCUGACAUCAUCCAGCAAGCCCUCGAUCUACAGAGGAAGUCCCAGCCUGCGGUGAAGUCGUACAAUAGUAAACGCCUGAAUACUUUUGACAGAUCAGAUGUCCGCAGUUGCAAAGCUGCAAGGCUAGAGGAGAUUGUUUGAAACAGAAGAUUUCUGUUCAAUCAUUGUAUUUUUUUUUUCGUUGGUACAAAACUGUUCCCUCCUUCUCACUUUUACAGUUUGCUUAUUCUAAGAUGGCUUUAGUUUUUUUUUUAGCAAAGGCAACAAAAUAUUUUCUAAAAAAUCCGGGAAAUGUGUAAGAAAAUUUUUCUCGCUUAUUAUUAAGGCUGAAGUUUUUUAAAUAAAUGGUGUUUUUUUUUUUAAAAUAUAAAUAUUAUUUAUAUCAUUCGGGGAAACUCACAUUGGAUCAUUUUUAGUUUAGG